AUGACCGGACGCCCCGGCGCGCCGCAGCCCGUCACCGACAUCCUCCAGCCGGACUCCAGAUGGCAGGUGCUCCGCGUGGAAAUCUGUAUCACCUCCGACGAGUACUCCCCCCCCCCCCGACUUGUCCCGCAAAACGCGCUCUCCGGAUCGGGCUCACUGCGGCACGGCGCGCUCCGGGCUGGAUCCGCCAGCUGUCAGCGCGUCAACCCUCCAGCUGCUGAGACCUCUUGUCUUCCUGGAUUCAAUCUGUUCCGCCGGGCUCUGGGGAAAAAGCUAAGAUCCCCUUCCACGACGCGCCCCACGCCCCUAGCAACAACACAUCACAUGUGGUGUAAUAACCCCCCUGAGAGGAGAGGGGAGCCCGCCCUCUUUCACAGCUCUCUGCUCUCUGACAACAUGUCGGAGGGGCGGUACACCCCUUUUAUACGCGCACUCCCUCGACAGUCCGGGACCAGAAAGCACCGGCGGCGGUCCACUGUCCCCCCACGCCGAAGCUACGUGACCUGGGGAGCCUCUCAAAGAGAAGACAUGGCCUCUGGGAGCCUGGAGAUGAACGGGGAUGCUGAUAGAAACGGCGGCUUGGAGGCUCCUCUGCAGGAUGGCACGAGGAGGCCACGCCGACCCUUGAACAUGAACCAUUACGCCAACAAGAAGAGCGCUGCAGAGAGCAUGCUGGACGUGGCCCUGCUCAUGGCCAAUGCAUCCCAGCUGAAGGCUGUCCUGGAGCAGGGAUCCGGAUUCACCUUCUAUGUGCCGCUCAUCACUCUCAUCAGCAUCUCGCUCAUCCUACAGAUCGUGGUGGGGGUUAUGCUCAUCUUUAUAGUGAAAUGGAAUCUAAAUGAUGAGCGCACACACUUCAAGUUGAACAUCUUGGAGAACGCAGCCACAGCUUUCGUCUUUAUCAUAGUCGUCGUCAACGUCUUCAUCACAGCCUUCGGUGUUCAGCGGCCCAGCUCGUCUGGUUGACCGAAGCCUCCCAUGAUACUGCUUGUUGGCCGGAGUAGAUUUAAGGAUUGCUGUGUACAGCCAGAUCUUUUUUACCUCCUAUCGAGCUCAGGUUACUGAAGCAAUGCAUAUCGUCUUCCCCAGUGAAAAAUGUACAAAGAGUUUGAGCAAAACUCCAACCAUUGUUGACACUUGGCUGAAAAAAAUGAACAUCGACAUGCCUUCUUUUGUUUAGAAAUACAGAGGAAAAACUGUAAUAGUACAGAAAACACCAAACCAAAAAAAUCUGGAUUAAUUUUUCUCCUCAUGGUGCAUUGUGAUGUGAACAGUUUUAUUCUGGGGGGAAUUAUGAUGUUUACUGUAUUUAACGACUCCUCUGGUCAAUGAAGUGCCCCCUACUUGUUUUCUGAGCUAUGCAAAGUGAUUUACAGAUGUACUUGUAUUUACUCUUUAUGUGGUUAUGUGUGCUUUAAGGCAUUAUAUUAUCACUUUUUUAGUACCAAAGUUUUUUCAACUUUUAUCAUAUGCACUUGUAUUACAUUCAGCGACUAUAAUUUAAAAACGAUUUAUAAUAAAAAACAGUA